AGUAAUGUUGUCAAAGUUUUCCUUUAGAAACCAUGGUUUAGAAACAUAUUUAUUAUAAUUGUUAUUUGUUAACAAACAUUGACGUGAAUUUAAGUAUUACAUGUACUAUAAUAUGAAAAAAUGCUUUACUUUUUAUGACCCUAUGGAUAAGUAAUAGAAAUUCAAACAGAAACUUACAUUGCUAAAGAACAAUUGUUAAAGAAUAAAUAUGUUUGCGAGCUUAAAAAGUAAAAUUAAGGAAGAAACUGGCAGCGAUAUUAGCAAAUUGACUAGUAGCUGGCGAACUGGAGCCUUUUUGGGACGAAUUACAUUAAGAGAUGACUCCUCUACUACCAGUCCUUCAACAUCAGGUGGCCCUGGAGAUUCAACUUCAGAUUCAAUAUCACCGCAAUUACAAACUUACUUGUCGGAUCGUACUGGAGGGGAGGUGGACCAAGCAGCUCUACAACAACAAUAUGCGGAACAGCUUGAAAUGAAACUAAAAGACAGAGAUUUAUAUUGGGAACAAAAAAUUGAAGAGUUGAAACUUUCACUAGCUACUGUACAAGGUGAAGAAGCACUUGCAGCACAAGCUGUAGCUAGAACAGCUCAAGCUGAAGCCUCUAAAGCGAUAAGUGCUAGGGAUGCAGCUGAGAAGCAGCUAAGUGAAUUAAAAGCAAGACUUGCAGCUGCUGAACAUGCUCAGGAAAAACUUGAUAUACUAACGGAGGAAGUAGAGCAAUGUCGUCGCGAGUGGUCACGGGAGCGCGGAGAGCUAACAGCCGCUUUAAGCGCUGCAGAUGCUCGCGCAAGAGACCUCGCCGACCAGCUGCAGCUGCUGCGCGCCGCUCUGCCGCCCGACCACGAGCACCAUCACAUGCAUGAUGACGAAAAACGAGAACUAAAGCCGACUGGGUGUUCGGAUUUUGAUCGUGUGUGCCGCGAGCGGGCUGUGUUAACACGACAGCUACAAGAAGCUAAAAUGGCGCUGGACGACGUCAAAACUUCAUGGAGUGGACAGAUUGCCUCUCUUGAGACUCAGGUGGCGCGAGUGUCUCGUCAAGCGGGGGAAGAGGGUGCGGAGAGAAGGAGAGUUGAGGCGGAGAAAAAAGAGUUACAAGAGAAAAUCGACAACAUGACCGCCGAGCUAGAGAAAACCAAACAAAACCUUGCCAACAGCGAAGCUAAGGACAUGACGACGGAAUUAGAGAGCCGCAUCGAAGGGCUGGUGGAAGAGAACCGGGAACUAGCGGAAGCUUUGGAAAAUGAAAGGACGUUGGUCAAGAUAUUAAGAGAGAAGAUUGAAAAGUCGAACAGACUGUACGACGAGCAGAGGGUCGAAGUUAACCACCUCAACUCCAUGAUGACUGACAUGCAACAUGACUAUGUUGACAUACAAAGGAAGUUUGACAAAGAAAAACGGGAAAAAGACGAAGCUCUGCUACGCAACGCACACAUGUCUCAGAACAUUGAAAUGAGCCAGUGCAACGUGCGUUACUUGGAGGAUGAAAUUGUCGAAUUGAAAACUAAAAUAACAGAUCUAGAAGGAGUUAUUGCUCAGCACAAAGAGAAUCAAGCCGAAUGUAUGAUAAUAAAAGAAAACGAGGCGUUAAGAUUAAAAGAAAUGGAAGAAAUGAAGAAAAGAAUCGAGGCAUUCACAGAGAGUGAGAACACUCUUAAAAGAAAUAUACAAGACUUGCAAACUGAAAUCUGUGAUAAAAAUAAGAAAAUUAAGACUUUAGAUAAUCGAAUAUCGGAUAUGAAGAAAACACUACAAAGAGAACUACAGAGCAGUAAGUCAGAUCUUACAUCUGCAGAGGAACAGGAUAUUAGUAGACGGUACCUCAAGCACGUCGUGCUGCGGUUCCUGACGGGCCGCGAGCUGGAGGCGCGCCAGCUGACGCGCGCGCUGGCGGCGCUGCUGCGGCUGUCCGCGCACGAGGAGGCGCUGCUGCGGGCCGCGCUGCCCGCGCGCUCCGGCCUCGCCGCCUGGUUCCCCUCGCGCGCCGCCUGA